AUGACACGUCAGACCAUGGAGCAUGACACGCCGACAGCCGCCCACCACGCCCCCUCACGCCGACAGCCACCCACCACGCCCCCUCACGCCGACAGCCACCCACCACGCCCCCUCACGCCGACAGCCACCCACCACGACCCCUCACGCCGACAGCCACCCACCACGACCCCUCACACCACCCACCACGACCCCUCACACCGACAGCCGCCCACCACGACCCCUCACGCCGACAGCCGCCCACCACGACCCCUCACGCCGACAGCCUCUCACCACGCCCCCUCACGCCGACAGCCGCUCACCACGCCCCCUCUCGCCGACAGCCGCUCACCACGCCCCCCUCUCGCCGACAGCCGCCCACCACGCCCCCUCUCGCCGACAGCCGCCCACCACGACCCCUCACACCGACAGCCGCCCACCACGACCCCUCACACCGACAGCCGCCCACCACGACCCCUCACGCCGACAGCCGCCCACCACGACCCCUCACGCCGACAGCCGCCCACCACGACCCCUCACGCCGACAGCCGCCCGCCACGACCUCUCACGCCGACAGCUACCCGCCACGACCCCUCACGCCAGUAG